GUGUACAUACACAUAGGUAUUGUUCGUUCUGAAUGGUCAAUCAAAGAUUCUGCAAGAAGAGAUUAUUAUGUCUCUCAUUGGAUCAAUUUGUUUGGUCCAUUAAAACGUUAAUUAAAGUAAAUAUUAUUAAUUAAUAUAUCAGUAUAGUGUGUGUGUGUUUAGAAUCAGUCAUCAAUAAAUUAAUAAUCAUGCAAACUUUAAGAAAUACAUUACGGUCAUUCCUUUCAACAGGUAAUUCUAUUGGAAUACUCGUACAAAGAGCAGGAAUAAAAAUAUAUCCUAAACCUGAAAAAAUUAAAGAUGUUGAAUUUCCUGAAAGAAAUAAACUUCGAAUUAUGGAAAAGGUUCCGCAAUAUCCACCUUCUUUACGUCCUUUUAAAAUGCAAAAGAAGUUAAGACUUAUGCGUGGUCCAGAACUUAUACAUAAUACUUUAUUACACAAACAGUAUGGAAUUAUAGCCUUAGGAGGUGGAAGAUUGAAGUAUGGUCAUUUUGAAAUGAUACGUAUGACUCUUAUACGUAAUUUUGAAUUCAAAGACAUGUUUGCUAUUUGGCGCGUUGAUCCACCAUGGCAGCCUAUUACUAAAAAGUCUCAAGGUUCUCGCAUGGGAGGCGGUAAGGGAUCAAUAGAUCAUUAUGUUACUCCAGUUAAAGCUGAGAGAGUGAUCAUAGAAGUUGGUGGAAAUAUUCAAUAUUUUCAAGUAAAAAAAGUAUUAGAAGAUAUAGCAGCCAAAUGUCCAUUCAAAGCUAUGGCGAUCAGUCAAGAAAUCUUAGACAAAAGAGCAGAAAAAGAAAGAAUAAAUGAGGAAACUAAUUUAAAUCCUUGGACGUGGAAAUAUAUUGUUCAGAAUAAUAUCGGUGGUUGUCAUAAAUGGAUAUCACCAAUUGACAAAGUAUGGUACAAUAAAUAUUUGUAAAUAAAUAAUAUAUGUAAUUGUAUACUUAGUUCUCUAAAUUAAAUAUUAAUUAUUUAAUUAGUCAAGUUAUCAAUAAUUAACAUAAAUAUUUAUACGAAUUAAUCAAUAUAUAAAAUAUCUUACCUUAAGAACAAACAUAUUUUUUUCGAAUAAUUCAAUGAAAGAGAGGAAGAUAGGGUUUUCUAAAAAAUAUGUGAUUAAUGAUAAAAAUUAAACGAAUAAAUCAUUCAAAUGCAAUUAUGUU